AUGGCAACCCCAUCUUCAGCCUCAACCACCUCCAAGCCUGGCCCAACUUUAUGGCAAAGAACGAAAGGUUAUUCGAGUACAACGUACGAAAAUCGAUUGAAACCUGGCUUCAAUAAGGCCUAUGCUGUCGUCGACAAACUCGGCGCACCAGUCAACCGACUCUCCAACAGAGUUGGCUCUGAAGCAUUCUGGCCAACUACCCUAGACAAAGAAUCUGAAAAGGCCGCACGGAUUCUCCGAGGCUUCUGCAAGGAUGGCUUUUAUGACCAAAUAGAAGAGGAUGCUGCCAAAAAGAUCGAAGCCCGUGAUGCGACCGCAGUCGGGAUCCCGCAGGGCACACAGCGAGUUCUGGUAAAGAUUCCACAGAAGGUCAUUCAAAAAUGCGUUGGACUGGCCAUAUUCACAACCAUGCGCUACGGUUGGGUACUUGGGGGAUCCGGAGGUGCAGGCGUUCUUGUAGGGAGACAUCCGGAGACGGGUGAAUGGAGCCCUCCUAGUGGAAUCCAUACCCAAAACAUGGCCUUGGGAUUUCUUAUAGGCGUCGAUAUAUAUGAUUCAGUCCUCGUCAUCAACACCUACAAAGCUCUCGAAGCAUUCACAAAGCUGCGGUGUACUUUGGGCACAGAGGUAGGCGUGGCUGCUGGUCCGCUGGGAUUGGGUGGAACACUUGAUACAGAAGUUGUCAAGCGACAAGCGCCAAUUUGGUCUUAUGUCAAGAGCCGUGGACUGUAUGCCGGAGUCGCUCUUGAAGGGAAUAUGGUCAUCGAAAGGACUGAUGAGAACGAGAGCUUUUAUGGAGAGCGUGUAGGAGUUGCCGAUAUCCUCAAUGGCAAACUUCGUCAUCCACCAGUGGAUAAGUAUCAAGUGUUGAUGGAUACACUAAAAGCCGCUCAGGGGGAUGCUGUGGAUGACAGCCUCCUGCCGGAUGGAGUGGCUCCCAGUGAUAUGGAAUUGAUCAACGAAGGCCCAAUAUUUGGUAUCCCCGCCGAGGAUGACCCAGAUCCAUUUGGUGUCAAGGCAUUAGAGGCCGAAGGCUUGAAUAUCAGAGAGGCAGGAACGCACCAAAGACCCAGUGCUGCUGCAUUCGAAUUCAAGCCAUCUCCGACCAGUCCAAUUUAUACCCAUUUUUCACGCCAGAGUGUGGAUGGGUCCAUCAGAAGCCGAACUUGGAGAGAUAGUACCCACAGCCUUGCCAGUAUUGAUCGAGGCACCCAAACGGAUGAGGACGAAACCAAGAGUGCUGGACACAGUCCCAAUAGGAAAAGUUCGACAGCUUUGAGAGAUUCUACAACAAUAAACACGACUCCCCAGAAACACAGUCAGCUGGUAGAAGACGAAGAGGAACACGACGCUGAUCGCCGGGAAUCAUUCUCGGAUGUUGAUUCAGAUGCUGAAAUUCAGACGGCAGUGCCGGUGGUGACAAGAGCAAGAGUGGUUGAGGUACCCAGACGUCUUCCUCCAGCGCUACCACCGCGCAACCCGGAGCGAGUAGUAUCACCGGUUGAAGCCCAGGCUCCAUCGGACGGAUUUGAGAAGAUCUCGCUUGAGGAGAAAGCAGGAGAGACAAAGCAUGGAAAGGAUCAAAGCCUAUCUCGAACCGCUACGAACGAGGCAGCAGACUCCACAUUUCAUUCAGUGCCGGUGACACCAAGUGAGGAGAAAAAGACUAAUGAUAUCCCAGGAUCCUUUCAAUAG